CCUAGUACACAGCCAUUGGAUUGCUGCCCCGACGUGUGAAGAGAUGGUGUCCCUUGUGAACGGUGAGUGCGGCUCCGAGACUAUUUACAAACGGAGGCGGACAAACGGUGCAUCUCCUCCACCGGACGCGCUCACACCGAUCCAGCAGCGGCAGACUGCCCGGCACAGAAAGCAGACGCUCAUGUCCAAGUUGAGUGACUCCGGUUUCGAGGAAGACUUGGGAUCCUCCCCGAUUUCAUCCCCGCCUCGGAGAGAUGUGUCCCCGCUCCGUGCAGAAGAGCCUCCUGCAGGGCAGCUGUCCACCUGGUACCUCCAGUAUGGUGACAUCGGUUACAGGAUCCAGAGGGAGAAAGAAGCGCAGUUUCAACCCUGCAGAAGCUUGGCUCGCCAGCCACAACUGACUGCAGAGGCACGUUGUACGCUCGUCAGCUGGCUCAUCCCAGUACACAAACAUUUGCGCCUGUCCUUUGAAUGCUGCUGCCUGGCUGUGAACAUCAUGGACAGGUUCCUGGCAUCCACGCCGGUGGCAGCUGACUGCUUCCAGCUACUGGGUGUCACUGCCCUCCUCCUAGCCAGCAAACAGGUGGAGGUGUGCUCACCGCGGAUCAGCCACCUCUUGUCUUUCUGCUGUAAUGCCUUCACUAAGGAGCAGCUCUGCAACCUGGAGUGUCUCAUCCUCCUCCGUCUCAACUACCGCCUCACUGCACCCACCCUGGCCUUCUUCCUGGACUAUUACAUCAACUGCAUUGAGGCUGCCCAGUUUGUGUCUGAGAACACAGGAGGUGACAGGUUUGAAAGAAGGAAUCCAGACACAAAAACAUCCCGGACGUACUGUAACCUUGCACAAAAGGUGUGCGAGUUGAGUCUGGCGGACUAUGCGUUCAACAAGUACCCGCCAUCUCUGACUGCGAGCUGUGCGCUGAGGCUUGCCAGUGACUUACUGAAAACUGAACAAGGGCUUGUCGAGCAUACAACCAUUCAGUCAGACCGGUGGAGCAGUUUUGAGGAUGAACUAUGCAGAGCUGAGCUUUCUGAGGGCAACUCUCAGGCUCUCAAAGGCCACUUCCUGUCUGCGAGUCAAGGGAGCCACAGCCACACUCUGGCUCAGGAAUGCAAAGACAACCUGAAGCUGCUGGUGUCGUUAAACCAGGAGACAUUGGAAGCACUGUCUUCCAUGUGACAUGGCUGAUUCCCUUCCUCUUUGUGGUUUAUAUUCUUGUGGUUAUUUUAAGGUCAUGUUCAGAAGUAAAACCUGGUGUUUAUGCAGACCGAUGUAUACCUCAUAGACAAUCUGUUGAUUGCAGCCACUGAAUGUUUUACAACUUAGCAUAGUCGUUAUAUUUAUUAAUAGAAGGCUAUUGUUUAUCAAUGAAGUAUAUUAAUAUAUUCUGUUUAUUUUAAUUAAUUCUAAAUGAAGGUCAUGAUUUACUGUAUAUGCACUGACUUGCUGCAUCUUUAUGAGUUCUGUUACUGUUGCAACCUCUUUAAGGAAGGAUUUUAAAAAAUGUGCUGUGGUUGAUUGAUUUUUGUUCAUUAUGA